GAAAUACCUCUUCUAAAUAACGCCAAACAUUUACACAAAAUUUUGUAAAAUUAUGACAAGCAAUUUACAAUUUACAAAUUACGAAUUACGAAUUUACUAGAUAGAUACUGAUCAGUUAUACCGAAAAGAGUUAUAAAUGACAGCAAAACUAGAUAUAGUGCAAAGUUUUGUUGAAGAUCCACAUACAUCCUCGCCCAGGGUUGCUCAAGUAAAUGAUGUAGGCCGUUCUUCAGUCUUACGUGUAUUACAUAAGAAUAUUUUUAAACGAUACAAAAUUAACUUAUUGCAAGAAUUAAGUGAAGAUGACUUCGAUCGUAGAUUAGAGUUUACUGAGGUAAUGAUGGAUAAAAUGGAAAAGGAUAAAAAUUUCGUUAACUUUCUAGUUUUUCCGAUGAAGCAACCUUUACACUGUGUGGAAGUGUAAAUCGACACAAUUUAAGGUACUAAAGUGACGUAAAUCCACACUGGAUGCGUUAAAACCAAACUCAAAGACCAUAAAAAUUAAAUGUAUGGUCUGGUAUAGUCGGUACUUAGUUAAUUGGGCCAUUUUUAUCGAAGGAAAUUUAACUUCAGAUAAUUAUGAAAUGUUACUUAAAAAUUUAAUUGUACCUACACUGAUAAACUUGUUUG